AUGCCUUCUGUAUCGAGUUUGAAACAGGCCGAAGAAUUUUUAGAAAUUGCCCCAGAUAAGGCCGAAGAAAUAUAUAAAAGCAUCCUAGCAAAGAAUCCUGAGAAUGAUGCGGUGAUUCUGGAACAAGAACAAGCGUUGGUCAAAUUAGGAGAGCUUUACCGAGACCACAGGAAGCCAAAUGAGUUAUCUGAAUUGAUCCGUUCUUCGCGUUCCUUCAUGGCUUCUAUUGCAAGGGCCAAAACUGCUAAAAUUGUUAAACACUUGAUUGAUCUGUUCUCGGAAAUACCGGAAGGACUAUCUCUCCAGAUAGAAGUAUGUAAAGAAACAAUUCAAUGGAGCGUUGAACAAAAACGCAAUUUUUUAAAACAAUCAUUGGAGACGCGUUUAGUAGCCUUGUAUCUCGAAAACAAAAUGUAUCACGAUGCGCUUACAUUAAUCAAUUCUUUAUUGAAAGAGUUAAAACGUCUCGAUGAUAAAAUGGUGUUGGUGGAAGUGCAGCUGCUGGAGAGUCGAGUAUGCCAUGCUUUAAGAAACUUACCAAAGUCCAGGGCAGCAUUGACAUCGGCCAGAACAUCCGCAAAUGCUAUUUAUUGUCCGCCACUUCUUCAGGCUGCCCUUGAUAUGCAAUCUGGAAUCUUACAUGCUGAGGAUAAGGACUAUAAAACAGCAUACUCGUAUUUUUAUGAAACACUUGAGGGCUAUUCAUCACAAGAUGAUCCACGUGCAAUAUCAGCUUUAAAAUAUAUGCUGCUUUGUAAGAUUAUGUUGAAUCUGUCAGAAGAUGUACACGCCAUCAUUAAUGGCAAAAUCGCACUCCGAUAUGCUGGACGUGAGGUUGAAGCCAUGAAAGCUGUGGCUAAUGCACAUCAGAAUCGUUCUUUAAUUGAAUUUGAAGCCGCAUUGGCCACAUAUGCAGAUGAACUCUCAAACGAUCCAAUUAUUCGAUCUCAUCUCGCGGCUUUAUACGAUACAUUGCUUGAACAAAACCUGGUGCGCAUUAUUGAACCAUUCUCGCGUGUUGAAAUUUCACACGUGGCCGCGAUGGUAAAACUACCAAACCCUCAAGUUGAGACCAAAUUAUCGCAAAUGAUAUUGGAUAAAGUUUUUCAUGGAAUCUUGGAUCAAGGGGCGGGAUGCCUGAUCGUUUUUGAUGAGCCGCCGCAAGAUAAAACAUAUGAAGGCGCCUUGGAAACCCUUAAGCAGAUGGGAAAUGUCGUAGAAUCACUAUAUGAAAAGGCUGCCAAACUCUCUUAA